UGGUUACGCCUAGAGAACACAGGGACACCGAGGACAGCGUCUGCGGGAGUUUGGUGGUUUCAGUUCUUUUUUAAAACGGUCAGCAUGGCUGUGGCUGAAGCAGUGAUGCCUGCAUUAAUCUCUUUCCCGAGCGUCAAAGGAAUGGAGAAUGUGGAUGAUGGUGUGCAGAACAGCGCAACAGGUGAUGCAAACAACCCACACUGGGAAGUGGAGUACAGCAUGGUGCGAUCUCCUGCUUUACCUUCCAAGGAUGACGACGAGCUGGGAAAUUUUUUGGACCUCGAUUUUAUUUUGUCCAACACCAUCAUCCGCGAUGCUGUAAGCAACAACGACGGCAAUGGAAACAUUCCACCUUCGCAGCAGAACUGCAUGUAUUCCCUCCCGGACUCGCCGGAAAGCUGCAGUGGUGGUUCUGCGCCAGAGUGCAGCGAUCAUCCUCCCUCUCACCUGGGCUGCCAUGGGACUGUAAACAUCACAAAGUCAAGCCCGGCGCACAGUCUUAUGGUGGAGCUUCUCAGGCCUGAGGUGGGUUAUCCGGCUACAGGUUCACCGGAUUGCACAGCAAAGGGGCGAGACGAUCGGGAAUUCACCGAAUUGCGAGUUUUGAAUCCAGUUUCAAUUCCAUCAGCUCCCGCUCACCGUCCAGCUGCCACUGCACCUAUCCCGCUUGGAUAUAAACUCAAAACCGAGUCUGGGGGUCCAUCUUGCAUGAUGGCUGCUAACGGUGGGAACUUUAUGGAACAUAUGCACGGUAAAAACCACAUGCAACCAGCAGCCUUUACGCACCAUCAGGCGGCAUUUCCUGGUGGGUUGCAGAAUCAUGGUGCGCAUCCCAUGCAGCACGCUGCAUCCCACGGACAUACAGCACACUACCACAUGGCGCAAAUGAGCUCUCACCAUCCCAAUAAUGAAAGCCUUCUGCAAGCCCAAUACAUGAACGCGCCAUAUCACUCAAUUUACGCACACCAGGUUGCGCCACCGUUUCAGGGGCACUACAACACACAGAGAGAACCGGCCCACGUUCACCAGCAGCAGCAUCCACUAGCAGUGCAAGGGAUGGUGCUCACUCCCCCCUCGUCUCCUCCGGUUCUGCUCGAGUUUUACUCGCAGGAUGAGGUCGGGUGCAUCAAACAGAAACGAGCCCGCAGGUCGUGGGCUAGAAAACGCGCUGCCACGCACAACUGUGAGUUCCCCGGCUGUGGAAAAACCUACACGAAGAGCUCCCAUCUAAAAGCGCACAUGAGGACACACACAGGUGAAAAGCCCUAUCACUGUAACUGGGAAGGCUGCGGCUGGAAGUUUGCCAGGUCAGACGAACUGACCCGCCACUUCAGAAAGCACACCGGACACAGACCGUUCCAGUGUCACCUCUGCGAACGUGCGUUCUCCCGCUCUGACCACCUGGCUCUCCACAUGAAGAGGCACAUUUAGGCCACAGUUUUCUCACGGACUCUUGCAUCCAUAAGAAACCACCUCCACCACCACCCCACGAGAGGAACGACUUGGUCACUUCCUGUUGGAAUGUCCAAAGAUCAAUGUAGCACGAACUGUUUCGAAUCUGAAACUGACAUUUUUGUUUCAACUGCUGACUUAAGUGCCUCUGUUGGUUAUUGUACAUACAGAAUCUGUUCAUACAACUAUAACACUGCCUAAAUUAUAGUUCAGUAGUAUUUAAGACAUUUCCUCACACUGUCUCUAAAGUAAGUUAUUGAAUUGAAGUGAGUGCCUUACUUAUUUGCCGCCACUUAUUUGCUCAUCGUGAGCAGUUUUUGUAUUUUUGUAACGUUUACAUCUUACAUAUUUAAUACAAUAAUCAGGUCAGGGUGUUUUUUUUUUUUGUUUGUUUUGUUUUUGUUUUUAAUUCUGUUUUCUUAUCAUAGAUAUCAUAGAUAUGUUAAAAAAACGCUAAGAGUUGUAGACUGCUGCGGAUCUUAUCUUUUUUUCUCUAUUUUAUUUCAGCAAAGACUUUGUUCUGCAAUGUCAACACAUUCAGGUACUAAAAGUCAUUUUCGGGAUCCCAAGCAGCAGCUGCAGUGUGACAUGUAUUAUUUUUUUAUGAGAGUUUUUGUCAAACUGACUUCCUACUUUUCUUUUUUUUUACUGGUUGCUUUGAGGAAAGAAAUCCAAUGCAACUGAUGGUCUGUUCGCUGUACUUGAAAUGAAAUUGCAACGUUAACCGUGUCAUUCUCAAAUGCAGUUGUUUUAAAUUGCGCUCAAGGGCUAAAAAAUAAACUUUUUUUGUUUACAAAUGCAGCACGUCUGUCAUAUAUUUCCCAUUCACACGUGACACUGGUCUUUGAAACUACUAUGACUUUGUGCAGGUUUUAUUUGGUGAUGGUGUUUUCU